AUCGUGAUGUCAACUAACCUUUUUUUUAGUCUUAGUAUAAUUAGAUAUUCUUCUUCGCACACCACAUCAUACCACUCCACAAUAAUAUCUCUGCCUCUCAAUACGGAAAGAAUCAAGGACUGUUCUUGCCUCCGUUCGUCGACAAGAUGCAAUCUCCAAAUUAUAACACCACACCAUUAUCACCGCCCCUAUCCGCAGCUCCAAAGAGGUCCUUAAAAUUCAUCGCGAUCUUCCGGGGUCCUAUCUGCAUUGUUGUUCUUUACCUUUUCAGCAGCUAUGUCGUUGCUCUCGCCCUCGCCGUGGUAUAUCUCUUUCUCCGGCUCCUGGAAUCGCUAAUACCAGAUGCCCAUCUAUUCUUUUCCGGAUGGAGCUUCUCCGGCUUUUUGUUCAAGAUUUGGUUCCCACUUUUCAUGCUUGGCAUCAGUGUGGAGGUACUCACGUACGCUGCAUGGUUUCUGAUGGGAGUAUUAAGGAAGCGCGAGGAUGGCGGCGACCAGAAGUACAGGAUCUUGGCGGAAAGUGUCUGGCGGGCAGUACAUAUGGCUAUUCGUUGGGCUAUGGAUAGGUAGAUAUGUUCGUCUUUUCAUACCGAAUCAGGAGAACCACGAGAGAGGAGAAACAGGCGUGGACCGCCCAGGUUGACUAGGCUUCCACACAAAGAAGGCUCAGAUCGGCUUAUACUUACCGCUACUGAAAGCAAGAGAACAACAUAUUAGAGAGUUGGAUACUUCCAAGAACAGAUCCAUUCUCCUGCCAACAUUCAAUAUCCUCUCCGUCUGCAAGAGAUUGUCGAGGAUACUCCUCAUCGAGCGCUAGAUGAGGCUUUUGAAAG